GACCGUGACAUUCGACGUCCUGGAACACCAAGCAAUCAUCGCUAGUUAUCGCACAUUGACGGCAACGAACAACUAAUCACGUGAUCUGCGACAUACAUCUGCGGCUUGUCACUCGUUGCCAGUGUCAGACGAUCGGUGAAUCAAUCGAGCAAAGGCACGCGCCGGCUGAGAUUCAUCGCGAGCGACCCCAUUGCAUCUCCCAUUCUAAUCAGGAGCGCGGGGCUUGGACUGCCGGUUUGUUCAGACUCGGCGCGUUUGAGAUCGUGGCGCCGAUUCAUCUUCUUCAGAACCGCGGCGGUCCCCUCGGUUCCCCGCGGGAUGCCAUCGGCUGGGGCAUGAAUACUCCGGCGACGCAGCACACGCCGCUUGAAAUCCUCCUGCUGUUCCGCGGCAUCGCCCAGUUAGGUCUCCAAGACGACAACUUUGUUCGCAUUUCCGAGACUCUACAGAACAACCGGCUCGUAAAAAAUGGCCCCGCGUACGACCCUCGACGACUGAAGCCCGACGCAUUGCGGGAACUCUUCCUGCGGCUGCUGCGGGAGGAGAUCAGGACCGAGAGCGAUGAUACACCCGGGCCCGAUGGCGCGCUUUCACCCGCGUCCAAGAGGCGCCGGCUCCAGUCCCCGCCCCUGUUGACCUUGAAGGACGCCCUCCAACAUUUUGACAAGAUUGAGGCUGCUCACGCCAAGCUACACAACGCUUACCUACGGCAAGCGGUCCACGAGAUACGGCAGUUAGAGCGGCAGUACGAUGUGUUGCUUGGGGAGAUAGGCGAGCUGGAGAGGCUUGGAGAGCGGGAACCCCAAAGCGAACCGAAACCACAGGGCCCGAAUGGUGUGCCAGACGUCGCUGGGAAGCAUGGUGUCGGUCCGGCCAACACGGUUGGGCCCUCGCCAGGGACCUCGUCCAGGCCGCCGCAAAUCCCGGUCCCGCCUCAGCAUACACUUCGGGCAUUGCAGCCCUUGCUGCCGCACCCGGGUCAACGGCAAGAGGUUAUGAACGGACCUUCACCUACACAGCUGGCUUCUCCGGAAAGCUUGCCCCAGGCCCCUCGCUCACCCGCGCCGAUGCACCCGGAACACGUUCGCUCCUCUCAACCCGGCCAGCAAGAGGUUUUCGGAAUCACUACGCCGAGGCCAACGGCGACCGCGAAACCAUCCAACGCGACGCCCCAGGUGCUCCAGGCGCCGCAAGGUGUUACGCCAUUUCAGCCUCCUCCACCACAGUCACCCGCGCCGCCUGCUACCGCUGAGGGUCCCAAGCGGCCGGAGAGCGCGGUGGGGCCCAGACAGUCGCCCGUUCCUGUACCGGUUCCUGCUCAGCUACCUGCUCAAGGACAGCUCAAGUGGGAGCCACCAUAUCAACCAAAUGCGGCUCCUCCGCGGCAGACGGCGAAUUGGCCGCAGCAUCCGCCCAACGUAUAUCCGCCGCAACCACAUCCUACGCCUUCGCAGCAACGACCAGUUCAGCAACCGCCGGCCCAUCCUAGCCCGGUACCAAUGCAGGGACAAACAAACACGCCGAUGCCCCAGCAGCAGCAGGCCCCGCCGAUCCCCCCGCAUUCCACCAGCCAAUUUGCACCUCCAAUCCAAUCAACCGUCAGGUCUCCCACGGAUUUGGCCGGUGGCCAGGGAACAACCAGACAGUCACCAUUAUCUACCAGCCCCGGAGCGAGCGGCGUUCCUCAGUACCAACCUCCUUACCACUCUCAGUAUCAAGGCUAUCCUGUUGCAUCCCCGGGCCAGACUGGCCCCGUGCACGCUGCUCAGGUUGCUCAGACGUGUCCAGGCCCGGCCCAUCCCGGUCCUGUAGGGAGUCCAAGAAUCGCGCCAACGCCCAACCCGCCGGUCAAUGUGCCGGCAAGAGCCAGCCCAGCCGUCACUAUCCCUCCUCAGCAACGGCCUCCGCCGAAUCUGCAGGCUCCGUAUGCCCAGCAUCCCAUUCCGCAGGGUGUUCCCUCCCCGGGUGCCGCCCAUGCAGAUGCAACCCAGCGCCAUGGCUCUCCAUAUCAGCCGCCUCGCCCGCCCGCUGUUGACCGCAUCCAACCUCGGCUGCCCGCUACUGCAACACCCACGCCGGCUGCCAGGUUCAGUCCCGUCCCUCCUGCGCCUCAGACACCUGCAAUUGUCCUUCCUCCAAGGUUCGCAGGUGGCAGUGGCACCAAGUGGGUGUCCACUUCGACUCCAUCGACGCCCAAGCCUGGCCUUGAGUUUCGUCUGGGGUAUGAUGACGUCGCUAGUCCGGCGUAUGAGCCGACAAGUCCUGUGUUGAGGCCCGAGGCCCCCCUCCGGGUCAAGGAUACACAUCGGCGGGAUACUCCAGCAGAGACACCGAAGUCUAAGCCAAGCCAAGCUCCGUCACGAGUUCAGGAUAGUUCCGCUCCGAACCCAUCAGCCGGUCUGCAGAACAAACACGGGGCCCAAGCCGCCGAGCCUGAGCCAUCUAGUGUUAAGGACGAGAUGACAACACCUCGACCGUCAACGGAAGCCGGCGACACGACGGCCGAGGAGAGCGCCACUGGCCGGCCCCAGGCCCCACGAUCAACCAAGCGCAAGCGGGAGGACCUCACGCCGGUCCCGGUCCCAACCUCAACCACAAACAACCAUAUCCGCGACAAUCCCCUUCCCGACGACUUCAAUCCGACCGAAGGACCCAGACUCGUCCUCUGGACCCGCUCCUUCAACAAGGUCUGCGGCUCCGCCAUGGAGCAGAUCGUGCACCACCGCUCGGCCAACAUGUUUGCCCAGCCCAUCCGCGAGAAGGACGCGCCCGGCUACCACAAGGUGGUCAAGCAGCCGACGGACCUCAAGACCAUCCGCGCCGCCAUCAACCACGGCAACCGCGCCGCGCAGCAGGCGGCCUCGGCGCUGGAGGGGGGCGACCCGGGAACGAGCAGCGUCUGGCUCCCGCGGACCGAGGAUUUUGUCCCGCCCAAGAGUAUCGUCAACUCGUCGCAGCUUGAUCGUGAGCUGGCGCACAUGUUCUCGAAUGCGAUCAUGUACAAUCCGGAUCCGCAUCAUGGUCCGGGACCCGCUUUCCUGAGGGACGUGGAUGAGGAUGAGGAGGGUGGUAAGGCGGGAGACGGGGGUGGGGGUGGUGUCGUGCAUGACAGUGGCGUGCUGGGGUACAAGGUGGAUGAGUUUGGGGUGGUCAACGAUGCGCGGGCCAUGUUUGUCGAGGUUGAGAAGCUGCUUAGUGAGCUGCGCUCGGCCGAGGUGAGGAGGAAUGCCCCGCCGCCUGGGAUUGGGGGCUUGAUGACGGGGACGAGCACGCGGCAGGCCAGUGUGCUUGGGCAGAGAGGAGGUUCGGAGAGUGUCAAGGAUGAUGGGGUUGGGGAGGAAGGGGAUGGGGAGGAGGACGGGGAAGGUGGUGCCCCGAAACGACGGAGGAUUGGUAGGGGGUAGUAGGAUUGUUGUGAUGCUUUUCAUGGGGUGUAUGGCACCGGAUGUUUAUGGGCUGGCUUGCGAGUUUGGAUUCUGGGAGGUUUGCCCAGGGGUUUGGGUUGCCAAGGGAACGUCCAUGCUUUCUUGAGACAGCUGUGUUACAUGGACUGGUGGAUCAAGGGACAAGGCACAACAGUGGUAUUAGGGACCAGGGACAGGCAACAAUUCUGCCCGAGUUGUGUUGUAUUAUACAUGUGCUCCCAUCGCCAGAGAAAUCGAGUGGGCCUCGUACGGGGACUCAAGGUAUAGAGCACCGGUUUCUCCUUUACACCUGGUGUCGGCUCUGAAUUAGCUGGCGAGGUUGCGGCCGACGCCUUCCCGUACAGAUCCGCUCGGUCCAGGGCGAGUGCCACACGGGUGGUGGAGGAACUGUGCAGUCGGGGACAGGAAUCGGGGUGCG